AUGACUUCUGGAGAGGCAUUCGAUCUGUACAGCAAACCCAAAGCCAAGACUUCUGCGAAUAGGAGGAAAGAAAGCAGGCGGUACCUUGGGGAAAGUAGCAGCGACCCUUCCAAGAAAAAGGCUCAGACUGAGGACCCUCCUGCACCUGUACCUUCCAAGGAAACUACUCCUCCUCCAGCUCCCGACCCGACUCCUCCAGCUCCUUUUGACCCAACUCCUCCAGCUCCUAUCAACCCAAUGCCUCCUGAUCAGUCAGGAAAAACUCAGGGCGAGGUUGUCCUGAACACAGCCUACAACUUGACCAAUGACAAACUGAAGAAGCUAUCAAGACAUCGGCGCAAUCAGGAAGCCUUCAGUAAUGUCUCGGAAGAGAUGUCUGCCAAACAUGCUGAAGAGAUUAAGGCUAUCGAGGGAAGACUCGUCGAGUAG